GCCAGGGGGUUAAAUAACUAAGUGAUUCCCAUUUGUGUUUGUCCUGUUGCCCCUGUAGGACAGAGCCGGCUCCUCCAGCUGCCCUGUGACCCCUCUGCUCUCUCUGCUGGACCCUGGAAUGUGAAAGGGCGGAGAAGUUUACAAUUACUCCUUCGUCCUUUAAAUAUCUCCAGCUUAGGGAUUUGUAGCCUGGCGUUUAGGGAGAGUGGAGCUGGUGGGUGCCACAGCCGUGCCCUCUUUGCCUUCACUAUGCUCUCCUGACUGACCUGACCGGGACCCCUUUUUCUGGAUUUACCCAGGACGUACCCCUCACACCGCCGUGCCUGGUAAACGGUCGCGGGCACCCCGAAAGGUACCUCACUGCUGCACACGUAUCCGCUUCUGGCACCCCAAAAAGGCAUCAUGGACAACAAGGUCCCAGGAGCCGUGGGGAAUGGGGAACCCUUUCCAGCUCAACCGUUGAUGGAGAAGGAUCCUCAGGAGGAGAACGAGCAACACAUGACAGAGAGAGGACAAUGGAAAAACAAGAUGGAGUUUGUCUUGUCAGUGGCCGGAGAGAUUAUUGGAUUGGGGAAUGUAUGGAGGUUUCCGUACCUGUGCUACAAGAAUGGAGGAGGAGCCUUCUUCAUCCCAUACCUGAUCUUCCUCUUCACCUGCGGGAUUCCGGUUUUCUUCCUAGAGACAGCGCUGGGCCAAUACACCAGCCAGGGGGGCGUUACUGCCUGGAGAAGAAUCUGCCCCCUCUUCGAAGGGAUUGGAUACUCAUCCCAAGUCAUUGUCAUUCUGCUGAACUUUUAUUACAUUGUUGUCCUGGCCUGGGCCUUCUUCUAUCUCUUCAACUCCUUCACCUCCGAUCUGCCCUGGGCUUCCUGCAACCACUCCUGGAACACAGAAAACUGCCUGGAUUUUUACAAGAGUAACAGCACACAGAACAUGACAUUAAACGGAACAUCAAGCGUCAUUGAGUUCUGGGAGAGGCGUGUAUUGAAUAUAUCAGGUGGUAUUGAACACAUCGGCGGUCUACGCUGGGAACUGGCGCUGUGUCUCCUCCUCGCCUGGAUCAUCUGCUACUUCUGUAUCUGGAAAGGGGUGAAAUCCACAGGAAAGGUUGUGUAUUUCACGGCCACCUUCCCUUACCUGAUGCUCGUUGUCCUACUUAUACGCGGGGUGUCACUUCCGGGGGCCCUGGAGGGUAUCCAGUUCUACCUAUACCCAGACCUCGGUCGGCUCAAGGACCCUCAGGUCUGGAUGGACGCAGGGACCCAAAUCUUCUUCUCGUACGCCAUCUGCCUGGGGUGUCUGACUGCGCUGGGGAGCUACAACAAGUACAACAACAACUGCUACAGGGACUGCAUCGCUCUUUGUUUCCUCAAUAGCGGCACCAGUUUUGUGGCGGGUUUUGCCAUCUUCUCCAUUCUUGGUUUUAUGGCACAAGAGCAAGGAGUGCCGAUUUCCGAAGUGGCGGAGUCUGGUCCGGGAUUGGCAUUCAUUGCUUACCCCCGUGCUGUCUCCAUGAUGCCAUUCUCUCCACUGUGGGCCUGUUUUUUCUUCAUCAUGGUCAUUCUUCUGGGACUGGACAGCCAGUUUGUAUGUGUAGAGAGCCUGGUGACCUCUCUGGUGGACAUGUAUCCUAGAACAUUCCGUAAGAAGCAUAGACGGGAGCUACUGAUACUGGUGGUCUGCAUUUUUUCCUUCCUCAUUGGACUAGUCAUGCUAACUGAGGGUGGCAUGUAUGUCUUCCAGCUCUUUGACUAUUAUGCGGCCAGUGGGAUAUGUCUGCUGUUUGUAGCUAUCUUUGAGACUCUGUGCAUUGCCUGGGUGUACGGUGCGGAUAACUUUUAUGAUAAUGUGGAACACAUGAUUGGAUACCGGCCUCUGCCCCUCAUUAAGUACUGCUGGCUGUUUGUCACCCCUGCUGUUUGCCUGGCCACGUUUAUCUUCUCCCUGGUGAAGUACACUCCGCUACAGUAUAACAAGCGCUACACAUACCCAUGGUGGGGGGACGCUGUCGGCUGGUGUCUGGCAGUUGCCUCCAUGAUUUGCACCCCACUGUGGGUUUGCUAUAAAGUCUCGACCAUCAAAGGGCCAUUGGCACAGAGAUUCCGUCAGCUCACGUGCCCAGACCCCGACCUGCCCCAGAAGCAACUGAGGGACCAGCAGACGCAAGCAACAGCCAUAUCUCCACUAGAAGAGUCCCUGUGCUAGGACAAGGCUGCAUGUGUGUGUGUGAUCUGCACAUGCCGUGUGUGGGCCAGAUGUGUUUUUUUUCCGGGCACGGUGACAAUGAUAUACAUGCUCACGGUGAGGGUCACGUCUACAUGCAUACACGGAUGAUGUCAACGGUCGUGCAAACACACACACCUGCACAAAUGCUGGGACGGACUGCCUACACAGCUGUGCUUUGUCCUGCAUACCCUUCACAACCUGAGGACAUUUGCGCAGUAGGAAACGGACUUGUGAAACGCACAGUUUUUUUUUAGAACUUUAUGCAUUCCAUUAAUUAAAGCAACGAUUUGUAGUUUGUGACAUGACAAAACAUUCCCUUCCCCAUCGUGUGGAGAUGUCUUUGUUUAAGUCACACGACCUAUGGCUGCUUUCUGUAGUAUUGUAUUAAAAGGUGCCAUGGAUUUUAAUUCACA